AACACACCAGCUGUCAGAGUGAAUCUCUGCUAAUCUCGCCGGUGUUUCUUCUACCUCCACUGCGGUCUCUUCUCUUCAGACAUUUAACCUCGCCCCCUCGGAUGUUGUUUUUUUUGCGGGGAUGCGAAACAUGUUCUGAGUCACCCUGCAAGCGAUGAAUGACCCGAGCGCCGCCGCCGCCGAGGGGACCGGGCCGGCGGAGGUUCUGUUGACGUCGGGCUGCCGAGCCCCACUGGUCGGAGGAUGGAGCCGAGGCUGAGCGGGGGUGGCAAGCCGUCCGUGUCCCGGUUCCUCGGCCCGGUCCUCGUCUUCUCCAUCCUGGCUGUGUCAGUGAGUUGCCAUGGACCGUGCAAACACCGGGUGCCGCCUCCCGAAGAGGUCGUCCAUCACGUGCACCUGAAGCCUGAGCGCCUAACGAAGAGAAGCUCCCCCGACAACCUCCAGCUGAAGAUCAAGAUCAUCUACGACUACAGCGUUGACCAGCUUCCUGCAGACAAGAGGAGACUAGUGAAGGAUAAGCUGUUUCCUCCGGCCAUCGACUACCUGCAGAGGGCCUUCAGUGUGAGGCGAGGCAAUGCAAGGUUUGCAGUGAGUCUGGGAAGUCGCGGCGCCCCGUGGGGCCCCGGACGCCCUGGCGUGGAAGGCUCCGACUUGGGUAUGUACGCCAGCCGGCGUGACCACGGGCGCUGCGGCCAGGAGAACAUAUCGUGGCCCACGCUGGCGCACUGCCAGCUGGAGGCGGAGUUUCUGACAGCCUCAGGGUUUGGAGGGAUGCUUUCCUCCACCGUCAAACAUGAGAUCAUCCACGCUCUGGUCCGUACAACUUCUUUCUUUUAA